AUAUUUUCAGUUGCUAAACAGCAAAAAGCUUGUCAACAAUCGGCUUGAGCAUGAAUCCAGGCCAAACUUAUUAUGACAGGGAAACGAAAAUCUGGCAUGGGCCAACAACAGAACCUCGUUACAGUUUAGAUGACUCAAUUGGCUUUGUGGUACUGGAGGCUUUGCGAAAAUAUCCCGAUCAUAUAUCCCAGAUAUGCCAUCCAACGGGAAAUCAAUUUUCGAAUCGUCAAAUGGCUGAAAUGUCAUGCCGAGUUGCAGUUCAUUUCGGUAGACUAAAGCUACAGCAAACCGAGGUGGUUGGUAUUUGUGCGGCAAACAGUGACUUUGUGGCACCAAUAUUCUUUGGAGCCAUGUUUUCUGGUCUUUGCUUGAGUACCACAGACCCCAGUACCAAUGUCAGAGGUCUGAAACACAUCUAUUCUGUGACCAAACCCAGGGUAAUGUUUUGUGAUGGUGAUAUUUAUGGGAAGGUACAAAAAGCUUUGCAGGAGUGUGAUAUAGGAAACCUUUAAUGGAUCUUCGUAUCUCGCCGAACUGAGUCGAUCUAGCUAUGUAUGUUCGUCCGUUUGUCUGUCACGCUACAGGUCGCAAUUAUGGGCCGAUCCUCACGAAAUUGAAAAUGUAGGUGGGGCUAGAUGAUCGCAUAAUAUUGAGGGGUUGACAUGGACCAAAAACAGAAAAACAGUCAUAACAAAAGCCUGUUCUUUUUUAAGAUGUAUGUUUAAGGCCUUGAAGUGGCUCUACAGGUCACAAUUAAAAACCCAUCGUCACGGAAUUUUGCAUGAGGUUAGGGCUUAGGACAGCGCAGAAGUGUAGCUGAAUAACUUCCACCAUUUGCAACGAAUUUGGCAAUUUUCAAAAAAAUAAAAUCCGUUAAAAAUUCUGUUAAAAUCUUACCGAAUUUAGCCGUUAUAUUUGGGUCUAUACGACGACGCAGACCUGUAUAGGUAACUUUUGUCAUAAGUUAUUACAAUAUUCAAAUGCCAAACUAAAAAAAAUCGGUGAAUAAUGUAGCAAAAAUCAUCAAAAACCGAAUAUAGGGAGGCUAUGCCAAAACGUGGACCUGCACAGCCACUUUUCUGUCAUAGUCUGUAGUAUCCAUUACGAACUUCAAAUACCAAAUUUGAAACAAUUCCGGUGAAUAAUGUCGCUAAAAUAAUCAAAAUACCGAAUAUCGGGAGGUACCGUUAUAUGAGGGCUAUACGAAGACGCG